AGAUGAAGAACUGGAGGUCCAGAGAGGCUGACUGUGCGCACCGAAGUGACCCAGCCUGGGGCCUGAGCUGACCUGUGAAGCGAGGGACCAGCGCAGGCCUUGCGGCCAUGAAGCUGAACGAGCGCAGCCUGGCCUUCUACGCGACCUGCGACGCGCCGGUGGACAACGCCGGCUUCCUGCACAAGCGUGGCGGGCGCGGGGCGGGCUCGCACCGGCGCUGGUUCGUGCUGCGGGGCAACAUGCUCUUCUACUUCGAGGCGGAGGCCAGCCGCGAGCCGCUGGGUGUCAUCCUGCUGGAGGGUUGCACGGUGGAGCUGGUGGACGCCCGGGAGGAGUUUGCCUUCGCCGUGCGGUUUUCCGGAGGUCGUUCUCGGCCCUACGUGCUGGCAGCCGACAGCCAGGCAGCCCUGGAGGGCUGGGUGAAGGCGCUGUCGCGGGCCAGCUUCCACUACCUGCGCCUGGUGGUGCGCGAGUUGGAGCAGCAGCUGGCAGCCAUGCGCGAGGGCGGCCCGGCCAACGCCUUACCCACCAACCCCAGCCUGGUCUCGAACCCGCGGCCCAAGGAGAACGGCCGGGCAGUGUGGAGCGUGCUGCCCGAGCAACCUGCUGCUGCAGCCCCCCAGCGCCCACCGCUGCCACCCCGUCGCAGGGCCUCGUCCAACGGGCCCUUGGCGUCCUUUGCCCAGCUGCAUGAGCGAUAUGGACUGGAGGUGCGGGCCCUCAGGAGCCAGUGGCGUGGAGGCCAGGCCGGCCUAGCUGGCGUGGAGGUCCCUUGGCAUCCUUCUGGUUCUGGUGGGACUCAGACCCAGGACCAGCCCUAAGGGGCGUGCUGGCUGUGAGGGAAGCCUGAGUACAGACGGCCCUAAGCACAGUACGGCCUGGACUCGAACCGGGCUGCCAAGGGACAUAGGACAUGUGACCCAGAAGACCUGACCUCUGGGGUCAGUGGCACUUGCUGCCAAGAAGAACCUGGGACCUGAACAUGCUUCAAGAGCUCAAGCAACUGGUUUCUAGAGAACUCUGCCCCAGGACAGCCCUGGAGCUGGCCCAGGGCCCACCUGGUGCCGGGCCUCACAAGGAUCCGGAGGGAGGCCUGGGCCCAGAAGCUGCUGCCUGGGCUGCUCCUGUGGGCCUGAAGCAGCAGGGUAGAAGGUGGAGCUUAAACUGGAUAGGUCCCCAAGGCCUCUGGCCUGGAACCAGCUAAGGCAGACUUUGCCCGGCCUUGGCAGGCAGGCCGGCGGGCCCUCGCAACUCUGCGGGGCCUCAGAGCUACCCGAUCGCCAGUCCUGGGCUGUGGCCUAGCUUCCUCACAGGCAGGCUCACCUGGAGGAGACAGUCACCUCCGCCUGAUUCCAUGCCUGCGGGAGGAGAGCCCAGCUGCUGCCCCCUGACACCCAGAUCACCAGUGGGCCCCCCCUGCUGGGUCCAUCCUCACUCACCACAGUGCUGGCUUUCUUCCAGAGUGUCGGGCGGGGACAACCUGCCCCACCUGGGUCUUGUUUACAGUCCUCCUCAGUGCCCUGCCCCUGGGGACUGGAGGACACUGUCACUCCAAUCUCUGCAUCAGACUGGACAGAUUUCACCCUGGCCCCGAUCGCUCCUCUGUCCUGAGAGGCCCCGGGUUGAGGUUCUGUAGGUACAUCUGCCACCGGGGCCUCUUGGCUCCCUGCUGGCUCAGGGACCAGGGCUUGGCUGUGGGGUUUUACUUUGAAGUAUGGAAGGUCUGUCUUUCUCCAGCAGUUUAGUGUCCGCUC